AAUAAUGUGAUCAUGUGACGCUUCCUGGAGCCUUACUUUCACGCAUCACUUUUGCUCUCCGCAACAACAUUGCCUAGCAGCAAACCCUAAAUCCACCGUGGGAUUUUGCGUUCGUUUACGGCAUGGCUGACGGUGAGCGAUCGCCUUUGCUGUCGGACAGUCGCGAUGGAAUGAACGGGCUGUCACCGGGAUAUGAGCCCUACCGACCUCCGAGCAAACCACAGAAUUUCCCAGCGUUCCCGUCAGCUCCUCCCGCAUCGAUGCUGGGAGAAGCUCCUCCACCGUACUCCCCGCUGGGCUCUCCGGAGAGCGGCAGUGCUCCUGUCAUCAGCUGCAGAGUGUGUCAGUCGCUUAUUAGUGUGGAGGGUAAAAUCCACCAGCAUGUGGUCAAAUGCGGCGUCUGCAAUGAGGCUACACCCAUAAAGAAUGCUCCAGCAGGAAAGAAAUAUGUGAGGUGUCCGUGUAAUUGUCUUCUCAUCUGCAAAGUCACCUCGCAGAGGAUUGCCUGCCCUCGACCUUACUGGUGA